CAUGUAUAUUUUUUAAGUGUUGCUCGCCUUUUCCACUGAAAAUGCAUUAAUUGAACAUACGCCAUAAUAAAUGUCAGCUGGAUGAGUUUCAAUUACAGUUCAGUGGUAUAGUGACAAGCAAAAUUAUUAAAAAUGGUUUUGGAAAGUACUAUGAUAUGUUUCGACAAUAGUGAUUACCAGCGAAAUGGUGAUUACUUUCCUACACGCUUGAACGUUCAAAAGGACGGCAUUAACUUGGUUUGCCUCACUAAAGUACGCUCAAAUCCGGAGAAUAAUGUUGGACUGAUGACUAUAUCCAACACUGUUGAGGUUCUCGCUACACUUACCAGCGAUGUAGGACGUAUUUUUUCCAAAAUGCAUUUAAUACAACCAAAAGGAGAAAUAAAUUUGCUCACUGGAAUACGUAUUGCACAUUUGGUACUCAAGCAUCGUCAGGGCAAAAAUCACAAGAUGCGCAUUGUUGUUUUUGUUGGUUCACCAAUAAAUAAUGAGGAAGGCGAAUUAGUAAAGCAAGCUAAACGUUUAAAAAAAGAAAAAGUAAACGUCGAUAUUGUCAGUUUUGGAGACCAUGGUAACAACAAUGAGAUCUUGACCGCUUUCGUCAACGCACUGAAUGGCAAAGAUGGUACUGGCUCCCAUCUAGUGAGUGUACCUCGCGGUUCUGGAUUAUCCGAUGCUUUGUUAUCAUCGCCAAUAAUACAAGGAGAAGAUGGUAUGGGAGGUGCAGGUUUGAGCGGUGCCGGUUUUGAAUUCGGUGUUGAUCCCAAUGAAGACCCGGAAUUAGCGCUUGCUUUGCGUGUAUCUAUGGAAGAACAGCGUCAACGUCAAGAGGAAGAACAACGUCGUGCUCUUUCCGAAUCAAAUACCGCAGGUAAUACGGAAGUGAAUGCUGGCAGUGCCAACACAGGAACCGAAAAAACUAGCACAAAUGUUAGUGCUACUCUUGAAGAGCCAAAUUCAGAAGAAGCAAUGUUGCAACGUGCUUUGGCAUUAUCCACAGAAACGCCAGAAGAUAAUUUGCCUGAUUUUGCCAAUAUGACAGAAGAAGAGCAGAUAGCUUUCGCUAUGCAAAUGUCAAUGCAGGAUGCUGCUGAUGAGUCCGUAACUCAACAGGCUAAACGCCCUAAAACCGAGGAAAAUCAACCAAUGGACGUUGAUGAGGAUUACUCAGAAGUAAUUGGUGAUCCAGCAUUUCUACAGAGUGUAUUGGAGAAUUUACCUGGCGUAGACCCACAAUCCGAAGCUGUACGCGAUGCUGUAGGUUCACUCAGCAAAGAAAAAGAAAAGGACAAGAAAAGUGAUGAUGAUCAACCUCAGUAAAUCAUAUUUGCGGCGGUUUAAACUAAUCCCGCUUCAGUAAUUAAACUAUAUUGAAUCGUAAUAUGAAUUAUUUUAUAAUAAACUUGCAUUAAAAUAAAAUGGCUAAAACCACACGUAUUUACAUCUAUAAAAA